ACUUGUAGUUCGGCACAUAGGCGCGGGUGCGGGUCAGUGUUGCGAAUCUUGCGCUUCCAGGUGUCCGACUCCAAGUGGGAGGUGAGAGCUGUCUGGCAGAAGGCGCAGCCUGGAGCAGCCCGCAGCGAAGCAUCUGGCUGUCUAGUUGUGGGAACGCUGCGGGGCAGGCGCUGGACCGCAGGGACCCGGAAGCCUGGCGGGCGGCCGUGGGAGGGCGCGCGCCCUGGUGGAGAUGCGAACGCGGGCCGCACGUGUGCCCACGCGCUUCGGCCGCUGCUGCGUUCCAAGGAUCGGCGGCGAUCACCUGAGACCAGGCGUCCCCCACUGCUGAGCCGCCCGCGGUUCCGAAUGGCCCUCCUCUCGCCUGCCUGAGCUCCGGCCUUGGCUGGCCUGGGAGCUUCGCAGUUGGCCAUACCGGCCUUUUCCACGCCGGUGACUGGCCCUACUCGAAGAAGAUUUUCGGUGGACGUUAAGGGACCGAGAGGUGGCCUUUGAGGGACUGAAGUUUCCAUCCCCACAGCCCUGUCCUCGGUGAAAAGAGAGUGCGUCACAGGCCGUGCACCCCAGAAACGAGUCAGGCCGUCAGGUGUCUGGCAGCCGAAAUCUCUCCGGAGAGGCGAUACAUCUAACCCGACAGCUCCUACUGCUCUAACUAGAACUUGAGGGCAAAAAAAUCCGCGAAGCCUGGGGAAAUGGGCACAUCUUAAGAGCUGCUGGGAAGGAUGGGAAUUUCUUACCCUGGUGGGUUUGCGGGGGAGGCUUGGCAUAUUUGAUCCGAAGCCCAGUGGAGAGAGGUGAGGGAGGUGCAGCAUGGAGAGACAGGAAGGGUACCCCAGCAGAGGGUGUAUGAAGGAAGGUUGCAGGAGCUGAGUAACUUUUUUCCUACAGUCUUGCUGGAUUGGCUUGUCUGUGUCCUGCAAAGUGGACGUGAUUUACAUGGAUUUUUCGCUUUCCCUAACUCUACCUUUCCAGGAGUCUGUCCUUCCUGACAAGAGGAAAUGACCGAGUUCUAGGGGACAUCUCUGCUGACUGGGCUUGGGAUGGAUCUAAUAAGAAUCCAGAUGGUGAGUGAUGCAGACCCCUUUUCUGAGGUUGCCUCUUCGGACUGGUAAGUAAUCUGGGGCAUCCCUGCAUCAGUCUCCAGCUCUGGGAUGUCCUCCUUAUCAGAAAUUCUACUUCACAGGUUACCUAGAGGCUUUACCCUGGGCACAUGUGGAGUCGGUUGCUCCUUUUGUACCUCAGUCCUGUCAUUGUGCAGGAGACUUGAAUGAAAAUUCUGUGGAGAAUCAAGAGAAAGGACUUAGGUUAUCUAUCACCUGAAGAGCUUUCCACCUGGCAAAUUUUGGAAGAGAUGGCCAGUACAGUAACUGGGAGUCAGGAUUAAAUUGUGAAUCUUCAAGGGGAGGUGUAUAGGAACCCUGAACUAGAUCUUUCCACCUGUCAGAAGUAGGGAGAACAUCUUCUCAUUUUUCCAGAAACAAGAACAGUGUGGUGACUCUUCAAAGUGAUGAUUUAAAAAAACAUGGAAAGUGAAGAAUAUUUGUCUUUGAAAGUCCCAAGCCAAAUGGCCACACAGAACUCCUCAGUGACAUUCUGUAAAAAUGAGCCCCAGGACCCUCAGGAAAGCAAAAGUCUGUUUGUAACUGAAGAAAGCACUGAGAGGAAAAUGACAGAGGGAAAAAGUCCUCCCAUUGACCAUUGUUCAGAGAAAUUUCAGAAUAAACUUGAGUCUAAUGUAACAGAAAUGGUCUCGCCACUGUUCAGAGGUGAGACAUUCUGCCAGAUUGGCCAGUUGAAAGAAUCCUUGGAUCCCUCUGACUGUAACCACAAAGACGUUUGUGGUUGGAAAUCACGGCUUGUCAGUCAUAGUCAUGAGAGAGCUCAUAUAGAGGAGAAGCCCUGUACCCAUUAUGACUGUGGGAAAAUGUGUAGCACCAGCCUCAGUGGUCACCCAGGUGAGAAAGUUCACACUGCAGAGAAACUAUACAGAUGUAGUCAGUGCGGUAGGGACUUCAGUGAGCGCUCAGAGCUAGUCCUUCAUCAGAGAGACCACACAGAGGAAAAGCCCUUCAGAUGUGAUCACUGUGGGAAGGGCUUCACGAGAAGCUCAAGUCUCCUCAUCCACCGCGAAGUCCAUGCAGAUGAGAAGCCUUAUAAGUGCGACAAGUGUGGGAAAGGCUUCACGAGGAGUUCAAGUCUGCUCAUUCAUCACUCAGUCCACACAGGUGAGAAGCCUUACAAAUGUGACAAGUGCGGGAAGGGCUUUACUCAGAGCUCCAAACUGCACAUCCACCAGCGUGUGCAUACUGGUGAGAAGCCCUAUGAGUGCGGGGAGUGUGGUAUGAGCUUCAGUCAGCGCUCCAACCUGCAUAUCCACCAGCGCAUCCACACAGGCGAGAGGCCCUACAAGUGUGGGGAGUGUGGGAAGGGCUUUAGUCAGAGUUCAAACCUUCACAUCCACCGGUGCACACACACGGGGGAGAAACCUUACCAGUGCUAUGAGUGUGGGAAGGGCUUCAGCCAGAGCUCAGACCUCCGCAUCCACCUCAGAGUCCAUACUGGAGAGAAGCCCUAUCACUGUGGCAAGUGUGGGAAGGGAUUUAGCCAGAGUUCCAAACUCCUCAUCCACCAGAGAGUCCACACCGGAGAGAAGCCCUAUGAGUGCAGCAAGUGUGGGAAGGGCUUCAGCCAGAGCUCCAACCUCCACAUCCACCAGCGGGUCCACAGGAAAGAUCCUCAUUAAAUGAGGUCUUCAGUCACAUGCUCGUACUCUCAAGAAAUAAAUGUUUUUUUAACAUCACUCUUACUUUUCUACUCUUAGGAGGUAGUAAGAGUUACUCAGAUAUGUUCCUUAACUGAAAAUCAUUCAUUUAAAGUAUUUAAGUACCAAGCACUUUGUUAUGCUACACAGCAAAUUGAUUGUUCUUGUUCCUCAGAUUGGUAAAGUGAAAAACGUCUGUACUUUGCCGUUGAGCCAGUGUUACUAGAGCUACAUAUCCUACCCAGCGUUUUUAAGUGCAAGAACCUUACAUUUGUCAAAGCAGAACAUAUUUCUCUUUGUUCACAUCCUCUGAGAAAUUGGAACUUUGGCUUCUCUUCAAAUCACGUGCCUUGUGUUUUCCUAUUUCCUUCCAGCCCUGAGUAGCCCUCUCUAAACUAUGACUGUACAAUAUGUUUUAGGUUGAGGGCAUGGUUGGACAUAUCAUUGGCAUGGAAAUCUGUUGUUUAUUGCAAACAUGUGCUCCAGCCUGUAGCCUCACAACAAGACGGUGAAGAGCUACUUGUGUAUUACACUCCACACACUCCAGGAUGUGGAACCCUGCUUCCCCAAAGGCAACUGCUCAAGAACAUCAGUGGUUCCUUUUCAUGGGUACAGCUAGUUUGUUGGGGUUUUUCCAGAUCUUGCCACUUCAGAUGAUGCCCCCACCAAACUAAAGCCAAGUAGGGUACAUAUAUUAUGUGGAGAUGUCCAGUGAAGCUGAAAUAUAUUUAAAUGUAUUUAAUUCAUCUCUCAACACUUAACUCUCAUUUCCUUAAUUUUCUUCAUCACCCGUAUUAUAUAUUAAUCAAAACAAAGGUGUUAGUAGAGAAAGUUCUGAUAUUUUUUCUCUUCAGGCUUAUCUUGUUUGAAUAUUUGAUGUAUAACAAAAAAAAGUCAUUUGUUUUUGCAGUGUUGUUAGCAAACCAAACUUGGGCCCGCUUGCCCAUGCACAGUAAAGCCAAUCUACUGACACUG